AUGAAUUUUUCUACAGACGCCCUGCCAGCUCUCAUGUGUACUGCCAGAAGAUGGAUGAUGAUGGCGAGGGGAGAAGAUCAGGGAAAGCUCUUCAGUGGUUACAAGAUUGGUCGCAGUGGAGAUCGCAGGCCGAUCGAACUUAGCGCAAAUGCUGGAGACAUCGUCGAGUACAUUGAUGAUCGUGAGGUAGCUCACUAUCCUUAUCACUUGAUCGCUUCAAUCGACUAUUUGGAGGAAGAGGGUGGUUUGACGAUCACUAUUUACAACCGCAAGCGUGUGUACAUUCUUCCUGACCGCGAAUCGUUCUUCAAAGAUGCAAGCAACAAGGCUAAGCUGUGCGGAAUUACCAUUAACCGCAAGAAGAAGGGAGGCAACUUGGCGAGCGCUCUCAAAGGACGCGAGUUCAAAAACAACGACUAUGUGGUUGCUCGUUUUGAUGUGUACAAAGACACCCCGCGCCACAUGGCUCCUGUGAAGCGUGUCAUGCAGAUCACGGAGAACGCUAUGAUGGAGUUGGACCCCGAGUCGUUUGUCAUCACAUCGCUGAUUCCUCUCUGCGAGAUCACGCAUCUCAUUCGUUGCUUCAACGAGGCGCAGAUGUUUAUGAUCGAGUUUGUGGACCGUCCCACUCGCCGCUACUCCUGCAGCAAUCGCGACGCGUUGCUAGGCGCGCUGUUGGACAUCUGCCGCAUGCAGGGACUGACCGAAGCGAUGUUGCAGGUGGUGGAGACGCAUCCCGGAAUCAAGAUCCGCACGAGCGAGGAAGAGAACGCGAAAAACAUGGAGCUGACGUACGAUUUAGGAGCGGGUGUGAUGGGUAGUUGCUUGCACUCUCUGCAGGAUGCCGCGGGCGUGCCGACUACGGUGGACGGAGAGCCGGUUCCGUUCACGUACGAGAUGUACAAUGCCACGUGCGAGUUCAACUGCAACGUGAAGGGCACGGGCGAGAUCUUCAAGAUCAAGGAGAAGGUGCUUUGCGUGUCGUAUCUGGCGCUGUAUGACCAGAUUCGAGCCUGUCUGCAGGACAAGAAAGUGCCCGAGAAGGUGCCCGCGUCGAUGUUUGAGACGCUGUAUCGUUUGAUUCUCCGCACGGAGCUCCCGUUCUACUUCAUGCAGACGGAGGGAGUGAUGGACAUGAUCACGGCUGCGCUGAAGAGCGGAAAGGAAGGCGUCGUGUUCUGGGCGAUGGAGUGUUUGCGCGUUGUGAUUAACCCCUACUCCGAGCAGCGGAACGAGGAGCUGGAGAUCGCCAACAAGCAGGCCUUGCUGGUUCCCGAGUUCUGCGAUUUGCUCCUGAAGUUGCUGGACGUGUACGCGUACAAACCGACGGGCACCAUCGUGGUGAUGUCCUUGAUGGAGUUCCUGGAGAACAUCCUGUCGAGUUAUUCGGAUACCACGCCCUCGGAAGUGAAGCAGGACUUGCUCAAGCAGCUCUCGGAGCGUCACUCCAUCCUGCUGUCGCUCUUCCACUCCAACUGCUCCGGCGUCACCACCAGCACGGCUCUGAUUAUGAAGACGAUCGUCGAGGAGUCGCAGAGCGAAGUGGCGCAGCUGAUGCAGGAAGCGGCUCUGUCCGAAGGCGUGCUGCUUCAGCACUUCUACAACGCGAUCUACUCCACGUCGGAGGAUCAGCGAUACAUUUCUCGCUACCUCGUGGGAUUAUGGAUGGGCGAGCACCAGGCUUCGCGCGCUUUGCUUGGCCGCAUGGUGCCUAUCGGAAUCCAGCGCUUCCUGAACCAUCCGGCAUUGACCGAUAAGGAGAUCGAGGCUUAUCAGAAGCGAGAGAACGCGCGAAUGGAGGAGAAUAGCGACCUACGUCCUUCGCGCGCGACGAGCCGUCUGCGAUCUCGCAUCCAGGAGUCGAAGCGAAGCGCGUCGGAUCGCGGCAACUUCCCGAAGAUGUUCUUCGAGAUGCUGAACGAUCACUCCACGUACACUGUGAUCUGGAACCACGAAACGCGCAACGAGUUGAAGACCGCGCUGGAGAAGGAGCUGAACAGUCUGAAGCGCGAGCAGGACAAGGUGAAGGAGGGCGAGCCGAAGCCGCUGUGGAACCACGAGGAGUUCUUCAUUGACUAUAAGUCUCUGGAGAACGAGAUCGUGAUCGAUGGCUUCUACAUCAGCCACAUGGUGGAGAACGACGGCAAGCUACGUCUGAAUAUCGACCGUCCGGAAGAGCUGUUCCUAGCCAUCUACACGCGCAUGCUGCGAGAAGAGAACUACGAUAAUAAGGUGCUGUGCAUCAAGGCGAUGACCACACUCUACAAAUUCUACACAACCAAGAUCGGAACCUUCUAUGAAACGCGCCAGCUGCUGGAUAUGAUCGAUACCACUGCGAAUCGUCCCUACCGCGAUCAUCUCAUCAUCCUCUUCCAGGCUCUGAUGAAGUAUCCCGGAAACGUCGAUCUGAUUCUCCGCGAUCUGGACGGCGCUGCGGAUAUCAUCAUGGAUCUGCUCUCGAUGGCGCACACUGCCUCCGCCACCGAGCUCCGCGUCUCUUCCAUUCUGCAGAACUCGAUCAUCCAAUCCGGUCUGCUGCUGACUUCCGGUCCUGCCAAAUCCAAGGGCGGAAAGUCCAAGAAAUCGCCGAAGCCCGAGCCCGAGCCCGAGCCCGAGCCCGAGCCCGAGCCCGAGCCCAAGAAGGAGGAGCCUGCGGUGAUCGUUGUGCCGGAAGAGCCCGCUGUUGUGGAGAGUCCCGACCCUGACUUCGACGACAAUGUUCCUCUGGGCAUUCCUGGAAUGGGCGGCGUUCCUGCCGGCAUGGAGGCGAUCCCCAUGGGCAUGGAGGGCAUUCCGCCCAUGCCGAUCGAUGAGGACGAGCCUGUGGAGCAGUCCGCACAGUUCGCAGAACCUGCACAGCCCGCACAGCCCGCACAGCCCGCACAGCCUGCCCAACCCGCAGAACCCGCGCAGGAGGAGAAGGAGGAAGGCAUUGCGAUGUGGUGGUAUAUCACGGGACACGAGAAGCUGGAGAAGGGUCCGGUGACCGUUUCGCGUCUUCACCUGCUGCUGGAGCGCAAUUUGAUCACUCCGGACACGGAGGUGCGCAGCGAGCAAGGCGGCUACGCGCCCAUCAAGUCGAUCCGCCAGCUGCGCUGGCAGUUGCUGAUGGAAGGAAACUCCUACCUGGAGCCGGUGGCCUGCGCUCUGACGGUGUUGGAUAUCAUCAGCUCGAUCCUCAACCGCCACUCUUCGUAUGCCGCAGAGGGCAUUCUGAAGACGCCCAUUCCUCGCGCGAAGCGCGUGUUCGGCCAGCGGAAGUACCUGGCGUACAUCGCGCAGCUGAUGCUGGUGAACAAUCCGACGCUGGUGGAGAACGCGGCCGAUAUGAUCCGCAUCAUCACGGAGAACAACGAGGACGCGAUGUCCAAGCUGUAUCUCACGGGCGUGUUCUUCUUCGCCAUGGCGUACAGCGGCAGCAACUUCCUGAAGAUCAGCUCGAUGCUGUACUCGACCCACUUGCUGCAGCACUUCAACACGUCCUCCGAGACGCUGACCGCCGAGCUGCCCAUCAGCAAGCGCUCGAUUCUGGGCACCAUCCUCCCCGAGUCGAUGAUCUGCCUGCUGGACAACUACGGUCCCGAGGAGUUCACGAAGAAGCUGCUCGGAAACUUCGAUACGCCCGAGGUCAUCUGGAAGUACGAGAUGCGCAAGCACAUGGUGGAAGAGGUGCUCAAGCACAUCGGCGAUUUCGGCAAGAAGCUGCGCGAGAACCCGAUGAUGCUGUUCGAUUACGGACCGAUUCCUCUGGUGAAGUACCCCGAACUGGAGGAGGAGAUGUGGUGCCACAACUACUACAUCGCCGCGCUGUGCGACGAGAAGCGCUUCAACAACUGGCCGAUCAAGAAGCCUGUGGAGCUGCUGCGCGCCGUUCUGGAUCGCUGGCGAAUCGAGAACACGAAGCAGGCCCCUGGCGUGAGCGAAGAGGAGGCCUAUGCGAUCCUGGGAUUCGGCCCCGAUGUGGAGCGACCCGACGAGAACACGCUGAAGAAGGAGUACCGCAAGUUGGCUCGCAAGUACCACCCCGAUAAGAACCCGGAGGGUCGCGAGACCUUCGAGAAGAUCCAGAAGGCCUUCGAGCUGCUGUCGAACACGCGCACGCGCACGGGCGGCCCGGAUCCCGUGAACAUCAUGCUGAUUCUGAAGGCGCAGCGCAUCAUCUACAAGCGGUUCCCGGAGAAGCUUGCGGAGUACAAGUACGCUGGGUACGAGUUCCUCCUGCCGAUUCUGACGCUGGAGGAGGACGAGAUGCUGACCGUGGAGCGCUGCCCGCAGCUGGAAGUGGCCUCGGAGCUGCUCUACCACACCUGCGCCUGCACGCCCUACAACUGCAAGGAGUUCAUUCUGCAGAAGGGCAUCGAGAUCGUGGCGGCGCUCAUCAAUCGCUGCCUGAUCGUGCCCGACACGAACAGCGACGACCCGCGCAUUCCCGUGGGCGAGAACCUGAUGCACGUGAUCAGCUACGCGGCGGGUCUGGAAGAAGGCCGCGCCAUCAUGGAGCAGAUCAGCUACCUGCCGACCGAUAUCGCGCGCUACCCGCUGAUGGUCCAGUCGUCGCACUUGGUGCAGUACGGACUGGAGGCGAUCGCGAACGCGUCGCUGAGCGCAGUGCUGCAGGAUAUGAUGCUGAAGAGCACUUCCUGCGUGCUGUGGUCCACGCUGCCGCUGCUGUUCCGCUUCGACCCCUCGCUGGAGGAGAACACGACCGUGGAGAUGGACGAGACCGCGCACAGCCAGCAGGCCGCCAACAACAACUGCAAGCGCGCCGCCUUGGCGCUGAGCCGUCUGGGCGGAUACUCGAAGGCGGAGCCCAAGGCGCCGCGGAACAAGGAGAUCCGCCGCCUGCUCAGCAUCCUGCUGACGCCGCCGGUCGCCGCCAAGCUGUCCGAUAGCGACGAUUUCCUGGACAUGCUGACGAUCCUGAACACGCACAAGGAGGUCCCGCGUCUGAUCUGGACGAGCGAGAUGCGCGACCAGCUGCUGGAGUUCGUGCGAGCGCGCAUCCACGACCAGAGCGAGACGGGCAACCCGAACUUGGAGCUGGUGAACGACUUCGUGUUCGAGGCGAUCAAGGACGAGCUGAUCGUGGGCGACGUCUAUGUGCGCGUGUACAACCAGCAGAACCCCAAGAACUUCGAGCGAGCGGACGAGUUCUGCGCCGAUCUGCUGGAGUACCUGCACGAGCAGCGCUCGGGCGAGCCCGACGAGCUGGGCCACUACAACGGCAAGUACGAGCCGAAGUGCAAGAAGAGCUUCAUGCAGAUGAUUCUGAAGGCGCUGAGCCUGGUGCUGACCAACACCAAGGACCUCGCGCUGACGAUCACCAACCCCACCGCGAUCGACGACCUCUUCAGCUUCCUGCAGCCGGACGAGGACAACGACUACGAGGAGACGGACCGUCUCCGCGACACGGCCAUCGACGUGCUCAAGAUCCUCACGCCGCUGGCUCCGUGCGCCAAGACGAUCAUUCGCGAGGAGGAAAUCCCCUGGAUCCUCAAGAUGCUCUACGCCGACUGCUUCCCGUGCCGCCUCCCCACGCUGGAUCUGCUCUGCCGCCUAACCGAGACGUCGGAGGCCGUCGCGGAGCUGCGUCGUCUGAACGUGGUGCUGGUGGGCGUGUACUGCUUGUGCCGCGAAGAGGACCAGGUGGGCUCGCAGUACCGCACGAUGGCCGCUCGGCUGCUGAACCGGAUGUGCAACGACGAGAAGGAAGGCCCCAAGGUGAUGCUGGAGCUGCGUCGCUUCAUGCCCUCCGUGCUGGUGAACAAGAUCAAGGACCAGGCGGAGAUCGUGUGCUCGCAGUUCGACAGCGAGCACGAGACGCCCGAGAUCAUCUGGACGGGCCACAUGCGCGGCCAGCUGCGCAGCACGGUGGAGGAUCUGGCGCACGAGUGGAACCAGCGGCUCUGGAACGACGAGGACUUCGAGCUGCCGCGCGGAUUCCACAUGGAGUACCCCGAGCUGGCGCAGGAGCUGUACGUGGGCGGCAUCUACAUCCGCCUGUACCUGAAGGACCCGAAGUUCCCGCUGCGCAACCCGAAGGACUCGCUGGAGGGAUGCCUGAAGAUGUUCUUCGUGGAGGCGAAGUACGAGCAGGACCGCCUGUCGGGCAAGGAGGUGAAGCGGAACGACGACGAGGACAAGUACGUGGACGCCACGCAGCCGGACAAUCUGAAGGAGAACGUGCUGUCGACGAUCACGUCGGGCAUCGCGUGCUUGCUGAAGUCCACGCCGACGCUGUCGGAGCACGUCGCGAUGCUGGACUACCCGAAGAAGCUGGUGGCGACGCUGAAGGUGGCGGUGAAGCUGGCGCCGCAGAGCGAUUUGACGAUGAGUGUGAUUCGAAUCAUGCACGAUGUAGGUGUGGGAGAGAGGGGUGAGCGAGUAGAUCGGCCACGACAAGACCUGCGCGAAGAAGAUGUGCUCGAAGGAUACCUUCCGCGCGUUCCGCGCGCUGCUUGAGGAGCCCGGACAGAACGCGGACUACGUGAUGGAGACGUUCCGAAUCAUGUGGAAGGCGGACAAGAAGGGAUUCUCGCAGAUGGGAGUGGAUCAGAAGCUGAUCAAGUUCUUCUUCAAGCUGCUGGAGCAUCCGAUGAAGGAUGUGAACGACGUGAAUCUGACGAAGGUGAACAUCAUCCAGAUUCUGAAGAUCAUGGAGAAGACCAACGAGGAUGCGGAGGCGCAGCUGGCGGAGAUCGAGGAAUGGGAGAGAUACAAGCAUCAGAAGCACGAUCUCUUCGUGAGCCGCAACGAGACCGCGGAUCACUUCAUCGAGCAGAGCAACAAGAUUCUUGCUUUGGAGAAUUAAAUGAAAGAAAAGAAAGUAAUCGUGAAUUUGCGUUG